UGGAGGAUCACCGACGGGUCCGUAGCUGCAGGUCGUUGAUCGCGUCUGUGAUUCGACUUGUUCACGAGUUUCAUUCAGUUUGAUCCGGCUCGGACCCGCACCAUGCGCGCGCCCGGCUGCGUGCUCGUGCUCGUGCUGCUCGUGCACGACGCGGCGGCUCGUCAGUUCACGGAGGGGGAGAUGAGUGGAGUCAGGCAACGCAUCAAGUCCAUGUUCUACCACGCCUACGACAGCUACCUGGACCACGCCUUCCCCUACGACGAGCUCCGCCCCCUCACCUGUGACGGGCAGGACACCUGGGGCAGUUUCUCUCUCACGCUGAUCGAUGCUCUCGACACUUUACUGGUUUUGGGAAACGAGACGGAGUUCCAACGUGUGGCGUCGCUGCUGCAGGACAACGUGAACUUUGACAUCGACGUCAACGCCAGCGUGUUCGAGACCAACAUCAGAGUGGUGGGCGGUCUGUUGUCGGCUCACAUGUUAGCAGGGAGGGCCGGGAUGGAGCUGGAGCCGGGUUGGCCGUGUGAAGGGCCGCUGCUGAGGAUGGCCGAGGACGCCGCCAAGAAACUGCUGCCUGCGUUUCAGACGGCCACCGGGAUGCCGUACGGGACCGUGAACCUGCUGCGCGGCGUCAGUCCCAGCGAGACGCCGGUCACCUGCACCGCCGGCGUCGGGACUUUCAUCCUGGAGUUCGCGACGCUGAGUCGACUGACCGGAGACAGGAAGUACGAGGACGUGGCCCGGCGAGCGCUGAGGGCGCUGUGGAAGACCCGCUCUGACAUCGGACUGGUGGGGAACCACAUCGACGUGCUGUCUCAGAAGUGGGUCGCUCAGGACGCUGGGAUCGGAGCCGGAGUCGACUCUUACUUUGAGUAUCUGGUGAAGGGCGCCAUCUUGCUGCAGGACGAGGAACUGCUGGACAUGUUCCUGGAAUACGACCGGGCCAUUCAGAACUACACCCGCUUUGACGACUGGUACCUGUGGGUCCAGAUGCACAAAGGAACCGUGUCCAUGCCGGUGUUCCAGUCCCUGGAGGCCUUCUGGCCCGGCCUGCAGUCGCUGCUGGGGAACCUGGACGACGCCGUCAGGACGUUUCAGAACUACUACUCCGUGUGGCGCCAGUUCGGGGGUCUGCCCGAGUUCUACAGCAUCCCCCAGGGCUACACUGUGGACAAGAGGGAGGGGUACCCACUGAGACCAGAGUUGAUCGAGAGCGCCAUGUACCUGUUCCGAGCCACAGGAGACCACACCUACCUCCAGCUGGGCCUGGACGCCCUGGAGUCCAUCGAGAGCAUCGCCAGGACGCCGUGUGGAUACGCCAGCGUGAAGGAUCUGCGAGACCAUCAGCUGGACAACAGGAUGGAGUCCUUCUUCCUCGCUGAGACCGUCAAGUACCUCUACCUGCUCUUUGACCCCGCCCACUUCCUGCACGGUGGGGGCACGGAGGGGGACGGGUCUUGGGAGGAGGGCGGCGAGGGCGGCCAGUGCGUGUUGGGUGCGGGGGGGUUCAUCUUCAACACGGAGGCCCACCCCUUCGACCCGGCGGCGCUCUACUGCUGCAGCCGCCACGCUCAGGACCGCCGGGAGCUCCAAGACAUCCUGCUCAACCUGACGCAGCCAAACCGCCAAUCACAACCGCCCGCCAAAGAGACGGAAGGCCCGCCUCCUGGCCAAUCAGAAAGCAUCGCUCUGAAACCGGGCGAGAAGAAGACUCCUCCCCUGCUGUCGUGUCCCGUUCAGCCGUUCAGCGCUCGACUCGCCGUCCUGGGACAGGUGUUCAGCGCCACCUGAUCCUCGCCGUCCGGUUCCCGUGGCGACGCCCGAGCCGGAUUCCAAACUGAACUGGUCACUGACUCGUGGACGCUGGCGUGACAGAGACUGAAGCUGGUUUCCUGUCUCGCCGUCAGGGAGGCGGAGACUCGACCGGAAUCACUCUGAUGAAUUCACUGUGUUUCUCUAACUUAAAAUGAAGCUGAAAUAUAUUUUUAUUUAUUAGAAACGA